AUGGGCAGCAAGGAAGAUGCGGGCAAGAGGUGUCCGGCGGCCGGCGGCGUCUCCAGCUUCACCAUUCAGUCCAUCCUGGGCGGGGGCCCCUCGGAAGCACCACGGGAGCCCGCUGGCUGGCCGGCCAGGAAGCGCAGCCUGUCGGUGUCCUCGGAGGAGGAGGAGCCGGACGACGGCUGGAAGGCACCCGCCUGCUUCUGCCCAGACCCGCACGGCCCCAAGGAGCCCGGCCCCAAGCACCACCCCCCCAUCCCCUUUCCUUGCCUGGGUACCCCCAAGGGCAGCGGAGGCGCAGGGCCGGCGAACUCGCAACACACGCCUUUCCUUUCUCCUUCGCACCCGGACUUUAAGGAAGAGAAAGAGAGGCUCCUGUCCGCGGGCUCCCCGUCGCCAGGGUCCGAGCGGCCGCGGGACAACGGAGCCGAGCGGCAGGCAGGCGCCGCCAAGAAGAAGACACGCACUGUCUUCUCGCGCAGCCAGGUGUACCAGCUCGAGUCCACCUUCGACAUGAAGCGCUACCUAAGCAGCUCGGAGCGCGCUUGCCUCGCCUCCAGCCUGCAGCUCACCGAGACCCAGGUCAAGACUUGGUUCCAGAACCGCCGCAACAAGUGGAAGCGGCAGCUCUCAGCCGAGCUGGAGGCGGCCAACAUGGCGCACGCGUCGGCGCAGACUCUGGUGGGAAUGCCGCUAGUGUUCCGGGACAGCUCGCUGCUGCGCGUGCCGGUGCCGCGCUCCCUCGCCUUCCCGGCGCCGCUCUACUACCCGGGCAGCAACCUCUCGGCCUUACCUCUCUACAACCUCUACAACAAACUCGACUACUGA